AUGUCGGUUGAAACACUAUCUAGCAAGUCCCGGACUGCACUAAGUGAGGCAUCCUCGACGACGGCGACGACGCAGAAACAUGGGAUGCGAGUAAACGGAAAGAAUUGGCACGCUCCAAAGAAAGCAUUUCGUCCGACCGCGGGCCAGACAUCUUAUGCCCAGCGAAAAGAGCAAGAACAACUCAAACAAGCGAUCAAGGCUCGAGAACGGGAGCUGAAGGAGGAAAAGGAACAGGAGCGAAACCGAAGGAUACAAGCCAUCAAAGACCGCAGAAACGCCAAGGCAGAAAAGGAGCGUUAUGAGAAGAUGGCGGAGAAAAUGCACAAAAAGGUUGUUGAAAGAAGGAAACGAAGAGAGAAGAGAAACAAACUGCUGAAAAGCUGA